UAUGAACAGAAACUUGUGAACUUUCUGAAGGGCUCGCACUCCCUGUUUACAUCCGCCAGAGGGAGGGACUGAGUCGAAGGGGAUCAGCGCAGAUGUGGUGGGAGGUGAGAGGCAAAGAUACUGGGAGGUGGGAGGUGGGAGGUCGGCCGUCGGUUUGGGCACGUCCCGGUGCCACUAACCCAGCAGUCUGUCCCAAAGAUCUUUGGUCUAACCAAGGGCCACUACGGUGCAAAGCCCAGGAGGGAGAGAAGAGGAGACGGCGCCGGGAUCGUGCAUCAGCCCAGUCUGCCUGUGUUUACCGAUGCAGAGAACGGCGGCUGCAUAGGGAGACAAAACAAAGCGCUGUGGAGGAACUAACUCAUCAGGUCAAGCAGCAUCUGCGGAGGGCGAGAGAUGGCUCGGGUCUGGACCCUGCAUGGGGGUCGGAGAGGGGAGAUAACCUGUUGAAGAGCAGUCUGGCUUGGCAUCUGUUGAGAGAACUUUGGGAUGAUUUAUAUUCAUGCAAUGGGAAACGGUUCUGUGAGAGCACCAAGGCCUGAACAGAAUAACUCCCCCCGUACCCCGACAGACACCUCCUUGGAGAACUUGGACAACCUCAGAGGGAAGAUUGUUACUCUAGAAGAAGAACUGAGGAUGAAGGAUGAGCAACUGAGGCAGAAGUUGGAGACAAUAAAGUCGCUGGAAAAAGAACUUAAAGGGAAACUUUCCCAAAUCGGCAAGCUUCAGGAUGCCAUUGGGUACAAUACCUCUUCUGCCAACCAACAUAAGAAGCUGGUCAGUGUCAUAAACCAAGGGCCAAAACGCUUUGCCCAGGUGGCGACUGAGAUCCACCGACGCCUCAAGGCCAAAGAGGGAGUGUCAGCAGAGCCGACCUCCCGGAAUUAUUACUGCCACAGUGUGCCGAAGUUCUCUAUCGAGCAGCUUCGAGUACGGAAGGAUUCCAGCUUGAAGAAACUGAUAACCGAUGCGAUAAUGCACAACGAAUUCCUGAAGAAGCUGGAAUCGCAGCAUGUGAGGGAGAUAGUGGAGUGCAUGUACGAGAGGAGCUACCAAGAAACAGAUCUCGUCAUCCAGGAGGGAGAGCAAGGAAACCACCUCUAUGUUCUAGCAGAAGGGAUUUUGGAAGUUAUGCAGAAUGGCAAACUGUUGGGACAGAUGCAACCAGGGACAGCCUUUGGCGAGCUUGCAAUUCUCUACAACUGCAAAAGGACUGCUACUGUUAAAGCUGUGACAGAGUCUUGGAUUUGGGUUCUGGAUCGUCAGGUUUUCCAAAGCAUCAUGAUGGAAACAGCACAGGCAAGGAAUAGGAAAUACUUCAACUUCCUCAGCAGUGUUUCGAUAUUGAAAGGCUUGCCCGAAGAGAAGUUGUCCAAGAUUGUUGAUUGUCUUGAAGUUGAUUACUACGAUAAGGGCGAUUAUAUCAUUCGUCAAGGAGAGCAAGGUAGCACCUUCUUCAUUAUUGCAAAAGGAAAGGUCCAGGUGACACAGACAAGAGAGGGAGAUGAAGAACCACAAGAAAUUAAGAAAUUAAAGGCAGGAGAAUACUUUGGAGAAAAAGCAUUAAUAAGCGAUGAUCUUCGUUCUGCAAACAUAAUUGCAGAUGAUGAUGAUACCCAGUGCUUGGUUGUAGAUCGCGACGUGUUUAACCAAAUGGUUGGCACAUAUGAGGAGUUGCAGACCUACUUGAAGGAGUACGUGGAUCAACUCUCCCGCAGUGAUGAAAACAGAAAUACAAUGCCAUUCACAACUGCGCAACAACUUUCCUCUGAGUGCAUCGAGGUGAUGCGACUGAGGGAAAAGGUGGCCAAAUUUACGAAUGUAUCCCCUUCCAAAAACUUUGACAUCAUUACCACUCUGGGCAUGGGAGGCUUCGGCCGUGUAGACCUGGUGAAGCUGAAGGAUGAAGAUAUCACCUUUGCCCUGAAAUGUAUCAAAAAGAAGCAUGUUGUGGAUACUCGGCAACAAGAGCAUGUCUACUCCGAGAAGAACAUUCUGCUUCAGACCAAAUGCCAGUUUAUUGUGAGGUUGUACCGGACUUUCCGAGAUUCCAAGUAUGUGUAUAUGCUCCUGGAGGUGUGUCUGGGCGGGGAGCUGUGGACCGUCCUCCGUGACAUGUGUUUCUUUGAGGAACCUACAGCCAGGUUUUGUGUUGGAUGUGUUGUGGAGGCUUUUGAUUAUUUGCACAACAGAGGAAUCAUUUACAGGGAUCUCAAGCCUGAGAAUUUGCUGCUGGACUCUGACGGAUAUGUGAAAAUGGCUGAUUUUGGUUUUGCUAAGCGGAUUGGCCUGGGCAAGAAGACCUGGACCUUCUGUGGAACCCCCGAGUACGUUGCUCCAGAGAUUAUCAUGAACAAGGGCCAUGACUUUGGUGCAGACUAUUGGUCUCUGGGAAUCCUGGUCUUUGAGCUUCUGACUGGAAAUCCUCCAUUUACUGGUCCUGAUGCAAUUGAAACUUACAAUAUGAUUUUGAAGGGAAUGGAGCAAGUGGAUUUUCCAAAACGGAUCCCUAAUCGUCCAGCAGAUCUGAUCAGGAGACUGUGCAAAGUUAAUCCAACAGAAAGGCUGGGAAAUAAGAAGAAUGGAAUAAAUGAUAUUCGGAAACAGAAGUGGUUUCAAGGCUUCGACUGGGAGGGGCUACGGGCUCGGAAAAUGAAGUCCUUGCUUAAAAGAGAGUUGCAAGGACCAACAGACCACAGCCACUUUGACAGCUUCUGCCGUAACAAUGAACUGCCUCCAGAUGAGUUCUCAGGCUGGGAUGAGGACUUUUGAGGAUUGGCUUCCACAUCUGAGGAUGAAGACUGAGAACCUCAGGAAUCUUGGAGAAGUGGGAACAAGAUCAGUGAGCCGCAACAAGCUUUCUUAAACAAUUAGAACCAUAUCAUUUCCAAUCCAAUUGGUAUAUUCAGUCUGGAUGUGCCUUGAUGUUUGAAAGCCUGUGUAACUGCGCUGAUCCUGCGACAUAGUGCCUGCUGGUGAAGAGUUUUGGGACCAUGGGAGGUUGGAAUCGUAUGUAAUUACAGCGAUACAUUUAAGACACUCAGUCAGUGCACAUUCUGCCAAUAAUUGAAGAAAGCCACUAGUGCCAUUUAGCUGAUCCUUUGGAGAGCAUUAACUGUAAAAAGAAAAUGCAAAGCUAGCAACGGCCAUGGGGCAGGUGAUUGUUGAUUUGAUUGUAUUUGCAAGCCUAAUCUCCAACAGCCUAGUAAUUAAACUCCAGAGAAAAUGCCUACAAUGUAUUGCCUUGUCAAAAGAUCUGAGCUCACAUUUACAGACGAGAACAGAAUAAACAAAACACUGGCAUAAUCAUGGAAAUUACAACGGAUUACGAUGAGAAAUAUUAAUAUGAAAGAAAUGAUGAAGCAAUGACCAGUGAAGCCAAUGAAGGCAAAGGUUCUUCAGGAAAAUGGACCUCUUUCCAUAUGAGAACCUCCCUUUUUCUGACUGAUUGCUGUUGGGCAUCAGUUCAAGGAAAGACCUGUUUCCCUGCAGUACAGCUCCCUCGAGCUGGUCGAACUACUAAUCAAACUGAAGAUAUCUCUCAGAGUGAAAGCAAGGAAUGAAAGACUCAUUUUAAUGUCAUUUUUUAAGCUUUUACAGAGCAAGAAAUAAAGUUUGGAGUGUGUACUUAUUCUGGAAUAUUUUAAAUAAAUGUAACAAAAAUAAUUUCAGCUUCGAUAAAUAUUCUGAAAUUUCUCGAAGUGAUUAUUCUGAGGGGUGUUGACUUCACAGAUCAUAUUUGUUUUCCAGUGCCUGAGUGUGUUCGACAGUAUAUGUUGUUUAUUAAGCUAUAAUUAAAUAACAUUUAAUAUCAAUGACAAUCGAUCUUUUCAAAAUUGAAUAGGUUUAGGAGGCAGAGUAGACAGAUUGUCAGGGUCAUUACCACAAAGUUUCAAUAUCCUGGGUUCAAUUCCGAUCUCAGGCUGAAUUUGUUGAGUUUGCACUUUCUCCCUGUGACUGCGUCGGAAAUAACUGCAGAUGCUGGUUUACACCGAAGAUAGACACAAAAUGCUGAAGUAACUCAGCGGGACAGGCAGCA